CGCAGCCACCACAGCCACCACCCAUGACGCGUGGAAAUGGAUGUUGGAGGUACCUUGGAUAGAGGUACCCGCGGCGCUCGCCUCUAUUUACCUACUUUGGGCUGCGCGAUCAUAGGGAAGAUGAUAGUUCAUUGGAGAUGAUCCCUCUAUACUCACUGCAUGCCGCUCAAAGCCUCAUAUUUCUCCGCUUGUGCACUCCUCUAUUUCAUUCACUACAGGCUAUGAGGUAUUAGUAUUAAUAAGGCCGCAGGCACAUAGGAAGAGGGACCGUCUUGAGUCCCCCUCUUCAUACAGGAACUAUCUUACCUACCUAAUCUACCUAAUACACGUCUAUCAAUAUCAUGGCUUGGGGCAUCAGAAAAAAAGCCCAUACCGAUGACAACCACGAUGGCACCACAAAUAAAGCAUCUCAUAGCCAAAACCUUGAACUUCGCCGUCGGAAACUGAACCCAGAGCUGCAAAAGCUUCUUGACCGUGAAGAAGAACUCUUGGACCAGCUCUAUGAUGGCUACUCCGUGGAUACCAUUGAUACCAAAUACCGAUACGCCGCCUACACCAACCGCAUCCGCACUAUCCUCCUCUCCGCACACCGCUACGUCGCUUAUACCUCCGACAUUGGCGAAUCCUUCCGCCCCGUCGCGCACCCCUGGCUCGUCCGCAGCGCAUACGGUAUCUCCUGGACCUAUAUAUUAGGCGAUGUUGCCAAUGAAGGGUACAAAGCCUAUCUGCGCAACAGACGAGUGCUGGCUCCGGCAUGUGACGCAUAUCGCAAUGCGACUGGACAGGUGUCUGAGGAUAUGGAGGUUGCUGCCAUGGCCGGGCGCAAGCUCCAGCAGGAGGAAACGCUAAACUCGACAGCAUCCAAGACGCAUCCGCUGCCGUGGCCGGAUCCAGAGGAGGAUACCCUGAUGCCGUGGCAGACGACGAAGAUUCCACUGGUAGAGGAUUAUCGCUCUGUCAUGGCUGAGCGGGCGGUCUUCCAGGCACUGGCUAGUGUGGGAUUACCUGCGUUAACGAUCCAUUCUGUGGUGAAAUACUCUGGGCGUGCUUUUAGGGGGGCAAAGACUACUAUGAUUCGCACGUGGUUGCCGAUUGGGCUUGGUCUCGCCGUCGUCCCAUUCCUGCCUUACGUAUUUGAUAAACCUGUCGAGCAUGGUGUGCAAUGGGCAUUCCACAGUGCCUUCCGCGUUAUCGAAGGGGGCCAGGCUGUUCCGCACCCUGCGGAAGACAAUAGCCAAACAACCUCUGUGAUUCUUUCAAAUCUGGAGCAAUACCGUGAGCGGAAGAAGCAGCAGGAGGGGAUUAGAAAACGUGACCAAGGUAAGAGUGAGGAAGUGAGUUAGGUCGAGUUGAGGUGGUUGAAACUAGGAAUUUUAGUGAUGAGCUACGUAAACAUCUCCUGCCAGCUAUUCCCUUUUUACCUUGUCUUGCGGCUUGAACCUCGGAUUUACCUGGUGUCUCCUCUCUGCGUAUCCAGCAUUGUUCCAUAUUUGAAUCUAUACGGACUCAAAAAGUGGGUUUCAUUUUUUCACAUUUCGUUUGUCGCCACUGCGGUGAUCUCUCCACACCAUUUAGCAGGAACAUAACCAAUGCACCCACCACUCCGGCUGCAUUACCUGUUGUUAUGAAUGGGUGAAAGCAGAGCAAAGAAGGCAUAUCUCCAUUUCGUAGCUAAUUCUGAGAGACUAAGGGGAUCGCUUUUGUUUUCUCAUUCAGCUUUGCUUGGAUGGCAACCCAAAUUGUAUCAACACAAUGGAGGGAAAGGGAGGGAGGUGGUACAUGAGGGACGGAGUAUGGACUAAUUCGCGCGUAAUAACUGAAUAUAAUUGGAUGUCUUGGUCUUUACAUACAUACGUAUAGUUAUCGUCGAUAUUCAAAUGUUUGAAAAUGUUGUCAUUUUUGGGUGAGGC